UUAACAGCAUAAAAUAAAAUAAAAGUAUGAAAACCGAAGUCUAAUUCAUCAUACACUCUUCAAUAAACGACACAUUUAUACAAUUCAAUAUAAUACUUGAUAAAUUCUUGACACAUGAAGUCUGGGUAAAAAUCUUUCGUAUUCAAUCAUUGUCACUUCGAAAAACGAAUCAUGUUGACCCCACGAUUUGAACUGACACAAACAGCAGAUGAAGUUACUGUAACUGUUCAUGCUCCGUAUGCAAAUAUUAAAGACACAGAAGUCUAUGUCGAAGAUUAUGACUUCAGAUUUUACUCUGCCCCUUAUUAUCUCAGAUUGAAUCUUCCUGGUAAAAUAGUUGAGAAUGAUUCGUCUUCCGGAUCAUACGAUGCUGAAAAAGGUGACUUUACAUUACGGUUCUCCAAAGUCAAUAAAGGAGAAGAAUUUCAGAACCUGGAUAUGAUCACCACACUGCUUGCUCCACCGAAAAAAAGAAUCCCGGCUGUCCCGACGAUAGAAGUUAUAAGCAAUCCUGUUGUUAGUUUAGCAGAGGAGAAAAAUGAUGAAUUACAAAGCAACGAAGUGAAGUGCGACAGCGAAGAAGCGACGGUCGAUGGUGCGGACAAAGACGGAGAUGAAUGGUUUGUGCCUCAAAAUCUUAAUCAAGAAAAUAUACAGUCUUCUAUUCAACCUUCCACCUACGGUUUCGGGGGCAAGGUUUCCCGUGCUCUGGCAUCGUUCGAGUCAGGGUGGACAGGUGAAAUAAUAGAUCUGCCAGCACCCGAUGCCACACCUCCCAUCGAGCGUGCAUGUUUAAGGCAAAAGCAUGAAUUGGAACAGUUCAGUGAAGAACAUUAUAUGGCUGAUUUAAUUCAGGAAGAGUACAUCAGACCGUACAUUGAUUUCAAGGCAGAAUGGGAGAGCUUGAAAAGCACAGAAAUCACGCUUACGGAUAUAGAAAAAGAUUUACUGAAAGAACUACCGAACAAAGAGUAUUUGUUGGAUAGCAAAGAAGUAGAAAAAGUCUCUUUUGGCUUAGUUGACAUUUUAUUUGCCAGUUGUUACAAUCAUAGGACAACCAUGGGAGAAAAUACAGUAGAAAGUGGAUGGACGAUAAAUAAAUUGAGUUCUACGCUUUGCUGGUUUCAGGAGUUCAAUAAUCUGGAAGAGGUUGUUACUGCUUGUGUGCGGAGAUCUUUGUGUUACCCAUUGUACAGAAACUGGGAGCUAUCUGUAAAAGUAUUUGACGAUGUUAAAAUAGUUCUAACUUUAGGAAAGAAAUUUGUAGUGAAACGUUUGUGUGAAAUACACGAGCUCUUCAACAAUUCCUACGAACCACGAUACAUCCUGAAUCAGUUGUAUAUAAAGGACUACUUGAUUUGGUUGCAGCAAACACCAUUCUCUUUAAUUGAAUCUCUCAGUGCAUCGUUGAGUACGAUACAUCCAAACAAAGUCGAAAUGGGCUUGGACCUUGUUGAAUUAGAAGCAGCUGCUUUCUCUGUUCGAGAUGAAGACCUAGUUAUAGAAAAUGCAAUUCAUGAAAUGGUCGACGAAGUAGACAACUUGGCAUUAAACGAAAAGAACGAUGAGAAGCCUAAAUUCACGUACACCAUGGAGAGCAAAAAGUUCUUAGACUAUUUAUUGCGGAGAGGAAGUUCAAGCUCGUCGGAUAGCAGCGACACUGAUUCUGAUACAGAAUCUGACAGUAGCAGUUCAUCAAGCACAAGUACUGAGGAAAGUCUCGAUUCCGACGACACAAGCGAAGUAGAAUGAUUUUCAAGUAAACCUGAUAGUUUUAUCUAUUAGUUCGACAAUGAAAACAAAAUCGAUCAAUUUUUGUAUUAAUCAGGAAAAAAAAAGAUCUACGUACUGCAAGUGAUAUAUGUAAUAUGUAUAAUAGUAUA